AUGUCACCUAACUCUUCGCGUCCGCUCGCUGUGCUGGCCAGCUCCUCGGCCAUGAUGAAGCGGACCGCCCGACUAAAGGUCUUGGACGAGCAGCCGACGACGGCUGCCCAGAUAAACACAGGCAUCGAGAGGGCACAGAAGGACGCCGACGACCCCACCACACCCGUCGACAGCAAGAAAUCGACUGCGCGCGGUAGAGACUACACGACACUCACUUUGAGUCGAUUGUUUGCCGGCGAUGCGACCUUGCCCAGCUCACGAACGCCGUCGUACAACCAGGCAGCGGGGCCAUUGUACUUGCGAUCAUCCGAGGCCGUAUCCCUCCCCGACCACCUCUACAUGCGCGGCCUGCUUGAAGGACGCCAUUCGGACAUCACAGUCAUCGCCUUUGGCCAGCGCUAUGCCCUACACCGCUUGAUCUUGGACCGGGCCCCCUUCUUCACCACGGCCUUGUCGGAGCCAUGGAUAGAGAGCCAGUCCAAAGAGGUGGCGCUGCAUCCCGAGGAAAUUGACACCAGCAUCACACGGGCUGCAUUCGAGCUUGCAAUAAAAAAACUGUACGGAUGUGACAUUGCCAAAGAAGGUGAUACCGAGGCCAUCGGCCUGUUCGCCACCGGCUGUUGGCUCGAGAUGCAGGACAUGAUCGACGCAUCCAUAGAGUCUAUCCUUCGCCAGAUGAGUCUGGAGACGCUUUCGCCCCUCAUCAGGCUGGUCACAACAAACUACUACGGACGCCCCGGGGACCGCAUCCUAGCAUCAGCCAAAUCCAUGCUGCAUCGCAAUGGCUGGGAGAUGCCCCUGCGGUAUUGGGACGGCAUCCCGGGCGACAUCAUCCGGGAGAUUGUUGCAGGUGAUGGCUUUUUCGUCAACAGCGAGUGGGACCGGUGGGUGCUCGCUAAGCGUCUCCUUGACCGACGGCUUCGGGAAGCGGCCAUCGACGCCGAGCUGAUGGAACCCGGCCAAAGACCCACCCCGAAAGCACCCGAUUCCAUGGGCCUUAUGGCCCUUCGAUUCGACUCUGUCUACCGCCAGAACUUCUUAACAGUCAGCCAACCAAUGCCCGAUAGCCACGCUCGAUGGUUCGCUCUUUACACGAACCCAGAUAUUGAGCGCAUCUUAGUCCUUCUCGAUGAAGGCAUUCACUACAUUCACAUGGAGUACGAGCAGCUAGACUUCAUCAGGGCCGCACGAGAUGUAUUUGGCUUGCUCGUCAUGCCCGAGAGAGUAAUUUCCAGCGCCUUAUGGCAACAGCUGGCUCUACGGCAAAGGGUCUUGAAUGCAGACGAGAAGGACCAAGAGCUAGGCCUCAGCCAGAUUAUGCCAGAGCUAAUGACAACGGUCACAAUGACCAAAACUCAAGGCCGGGCAUUCGCUAACGGUGAGCGGAAGGCAAGCGUCUACACUCCUGACAAAGAAUCCGAGAUGGAGUCUGGCAGCUGGGAUGGAAACGGCAAGCCUCGCAAGUUCUGGAUUCCUAGCACCGACUGUAACAUUGUGCUUGGUAACGGUGCUGAACCAGUGGUCACAACCUCGAAUUCCUUCCAGCGUCACGCAAAUCGCCUGUCGGCCACGAUACAACCAGAGGAUGCCCAGUGGGCGACGGACUUCGCAUCUACUCCAUCAACCAUCGCCAAUCCGAACACGCGCGCCGAUCAUCCGGCGAGGCCAGUGUCCGCAAGCGGAAGCAAUGCCGGCCAGCCAAAGCCGAUGGCUUACACCGAAUUCCCUCCUUUCCGAUUCUCUGCUGAAUUCCCAAACCCGCGCUUUCUAAAGGAAAAGAAGAGAGUGUACUCACGCACUGUGUCAUACGCAGGCUCACUAUGGAAUAUCUACAUUCAAAAGGUUCGCUCAGCCAAGAACGUUCAAUUGGGAGUCUACCUGCACCGCGCUAAGGAGCGUGAGAUAGACGAGACCACCCCUAGCAGCACCCUUAGCCAACGAAACGUGGGUUCUGUUGACGAGCGAAUUGGGCAGCUUGAGAGAGAAAUGUUACUCCGCAGCGAACGACGCGAGCGUCGACGCAGCAGUCGUGUUCCGACCACCGACCAAACAGGUGAGGAGGAUACAAGUGGGAGCGGGGGCGACGUAGAUGCAACUCUCGUUUCAACAGGUUUGCGGAACCCUCUCUUCACGACCAGCAGUCUCGGUCGGCGUCGAAAGGCAGACCGAUUUCCUCGACCUGCUAGCAACGUAAUCCAUAACUUCUCUUCCUCGCCCCAGUUUCAACACUUCCAAUCCCUAUCUACAUCGCCCCCAGCGGAUUUGGGAGUGGUUGAAUCUCCACCUUACCACUUAGCCCUACUGUCUCCAUCCGAGCAUCCCUCCGACGACUCGGAUGACGAAGGACCAGAAACCGCAUACCCAAACCCCAGCCUCUCUUUCCCGGUGCCCCGAAAGUCCCGCGCGGCCAUCGCAACUCUCUCUCCCUAUGUCGAUGGUCGUCCGACGAUCAAAACGUACUUCAAGAUUUACAGCCCUUCAAAAGGCGGCAGGAUGCUAAGUAUUUACGAGAGCGCCCCCGACCGCUUCAACUUCAGUCAAAGCUGGGGAUGGAAAAGCAGCACGUUAAUGUUAGAUGAGAUUGUAUUGAAUGGAAAUGGGAGUGAAGAGACGGCGAUGGGGGAGGGGGAGGGAGCUGCGAGGAGAAAACUUGGGGAUGGGAAGUUGAGAUUUAUGGUCGUUAUCGGGAAUUUAUGA